AACAAAAGCAAUAUCUGGCUGAUUCUUCUCAUUUGUUUUAUUCUCUAUGCGUGGACAACUUUUGUUUGCUACCUUCCUCUCUGGAUCAGUUGUAGUCAGACAGCCCUAUCUAUUGUAAGUGCUAUUGGCGCGGGCUUGAUGGUUGGUGCUGCUUUCACUGUAGUUAUUCCUGAAUCCAUCAAUGAUGCUUUGGCUGAUAUGGGUGGUUUAGAAACUGAAGAGGCAGCCCUUUCUGCUUAUCGUUUGAUCGGUAUUUGUGUGACUGUUGGUUUUGGUUUUAUGAUGGUUGUGGAUGCUCUGACCCACAGCUGCUGUGGUCAUCACCAUGACCACCACCAUGGAGAAGAAGGAGUGGACGCUCAUCUUGAAGUGGACCUUCACGAGAAGCUGCACGAAGAGCAUGGAGAGGAAUGCCACAAGGAGGAGCAUGAGCACGGUGACUACAAGCAUGGUCAUUCGUAUCAGGCAACUGUGUGGGGUCUGUGUUUCCAUUCUAUAUUCGACGGAGUUGCCAUUGGUGCCACUAUGCUGGAUCAGAAUCCUCGAGUGUUGUGGGUUAUUCUUGCUGCUAUUGUGUUGCACAAAACAGCUGCUGCCUUUGGUCUUGGCGCCUACUUUAAGAAGGUCGGUCUGAAUGUAAAGAAAUCCACUCCGUACAUUGCUCUCUUCUCUUGCACGACGCCCAUUGCCACAUUCCUUAUGGCCAUGAUCUGUUUAGUGGGUACAAAGCUCAACCACGCGCUGCUUCCAGUAGCGUUCGCUUUCUCUGCUGGAACCUUCUUAUACGUCUCGCUGACACACAUUGUCCCUGAAAUUGGUUCCAACCUGAAGGCGUGGCACUUGCUGGCUAUGCUUGCUGGUCUUCUCUUCCCCUACUUCUGUUUUAUUGAGGCUGAAUUCCCUUUUUGUUUCGAACAAACAAGGAGCUGUGGUGGGGCACAGACAGUCUAUCUAUCUAUCUAUCUAUCUAUUUGCAAGUGCCAUCACUCGAGAGUAUUCUUGGAAACAUGA